AUGUACCAACCCAAGGCGUGGAGCCUCGCUCUUGCGCUGGCCCUGUUCAUGUUUGCCGCUGGCACCAGUGCGAAUAAGGCCAAGAUCGUUCUCACCGCCGAGGAGACUGAAGGCGCCUUGGGAUUCUACUCGACCGAUGGCGAACUGCUGGGCAAGGCCAAGGUCGGCCUCCUGCCGCACGAGGUCAUCGUCUCCAAGGACGGCACCACUGCCAUCGUGUCCAACUUCGGCCUGCACGACUUCGACUCGCCCUACGGCGACGCGGGCCUCUAUCUGUCGCGGAUCAACAUCCCGCUGCGUCUCGAGGACAAGCUGUUCUACACCUUCCCCAAGGGCGCCCCGGCCCACUCGGCCCAGCGCGCCCCCCACGGGGUGAAGUUCAACCACGACGAGACCAAGCUCUACGUCAACACCGAGUGGACCUCGUCCGACGGCACCGCAAAGCCCUCCAUUCUGGUCUACGACCUCACCGACGGCUCCGAGGAGCCGGCCCAGGUGUGGACGCUCGGCAACAACACCAACAAGUGCCACAACUUCGUCUUUUCGAACGACGGCCAGACCGUGUGGCUGCAGCUCGGCCCGCAGGGCAUCGCGGCCAUGGACGCCGUCACGGGCGAGGUCAAGACGCCGUUCCUCCUGGGCACCACGAUCGUGGGCGUGCGCGGCCUCACCUGGUCCACGGUCGAGCCGGGCGUGCUCAUCGUCAGCGGCAUCGGCGAGCUGUGGGCCAUCAACACCACCGCCGCCUACCCGCCGCCCGUGGUGCGCCACUACGCAGGCUACGGCACCCGCCAGUUCCUUUAUUCGGCCGUCUCGCCCGACGGCAAGUACAUCGUCGCCCCCGCCGUGUGGAACAGUCAGGUGCUCAUCAUCGACUACUGGACCACCAAGGUCGUGGCGCGCCUGUCGUCCGAUAUCGACCCGGUCGCCAUCGCCAUCUCCGACGACUCCCGCUACGCGUACGCCACCGGCGGCCGCGGAGCCAGCCUAACCAAGAUAGACCUGAAGAAGUUCACCACCGAGGUCAUUCCCACCGGCUCCGCCACGGGACCCAAUGGAGUCACCUUCGCCCCCAAGACCAACUCGUACAAGACCACCGAAUUCACCGUCGGCGUGGUGAUCUCGCUCACCGGGGCGGGCAACGCCAACGCCUACGAGUUCCAGUCGGGCCUCGCCAUCUGGAAGGAGCGGAUCAACGACGCCGGCGGAAUCGCCCUGGCCAACAACAAGGCCGCCUUUGUGCGCCUCGUGUUCCUCGAUGACCUGAGCGACAGCACCAGCACCAGCCGACUCCUGCGGGAGCUGGUGGACGAGCACGGUGCCGACGCCCUGGUCGUGGCGUCAGCCGGGUUCACACCGGACAGGCGCCUGUUGCGCACCCUGGACCAGGAGGACGUGCCCCUGCUGUCGCUGUUCCAGGUGGAAGGCGACAACCGAAAGAGGAGCGACGUGCGCAGCGAGCUUCUCAGGCCGAGGGCCGACAGUGACGUGCUGGGCCACGACAGGUGGUGCAGCCUCACCCGGUACUCGGCCGACUUUGCCCAGCGGUACUCCCGCAACGCUACGACGGUGAACGCCCAAGCGACAGCCGCGGGCAUCAUCAUCGAACAGGCUGCCGUGCGAUCGGGCCGCAGUUCGGGCAAGAAGCUGGUGGAAGCGAUCGCCGCCACGGACACUGUCCUCUUCUCUGGUGCCGUCAAGUUCGACGCCCAAGGCAACAACAUCUACGGCGACAGCACGCCUGUGCUGAUUCGUGGGUGA